AUGGCGGGGGAGGCCCGGGCGGGCGCGGACGCCGCGCUGCGCCGCCUGCUGAGGCUGCACCGCACGGAGAUCGCGGUGGCGGUGGACAGCGCCUUUCCGCUGCUGCACGCGCUGGCCGACCACGACGUGGUCCCCGAGGACAAGUUCCAGGAGACGCUUCGUCUGAAGGAAAAGGAGGGCUGCCCCCAGGCCUUCCACGCCCUCCUCUCCUGGCUCCUGACCCAAGAUGCUGCAGCCAUCCUGGACUUCUGGAGGGUUCUCUUCAAGGACUACAACCUGGAGAGAUACAGCCGGCUGCAGCCCAUUCUAAAUAGCUUCCCCAAAGAUGUGGACCUCAGCCAGCCCCGGAAAGGGAGGAAGCCCCCUUCCGGUCCCAAGAUCUCAGUACUGCCGCCCAGACCCCCCACCAAGAGGAAGGCCCUGGAGGAGCCUCGAGCUGCCACUCCAGCAGCCCUGACCCCAAGGGGCACCUCCAGCCCAGGCUCUCAACUGAAGGCCAAGCCCCCCAAGAAGCCAGAGAGCAACACAGAACCGCAGCGCCUCCCACUCGGGAAUGGAAUUCAGACCAUGUCAGCUUCGGUCCAGAGAGCUGUGGCUGUGUCCUCCGGGGAGGUGCCUGGAGCCCGAGGGGCAGUGGAGGGGAUCCUCAUCCAGCAGGUGUUUGAAUCAGGGGGCUCCAAGAAGUGCAUCCAGGUUGGGGGAGAGUUUUACGCUCCUGGCAAGUCGGAAGACCCCGGCUGUGGGAAGAACAAGACUCGCAGCGGCAGCAGCCUGAAGCCUCCGAUCCGGGCCAAGGGUGCCCAGGGCACCACCUGUGGUGGAGGCGAGACAAGGGCAGGCCAGCCGAGCAGGGUCCCCGCCCCUCCAGUUCUCCCCAGUGAGCCCCAGCUGCACCAGAAGAACGAGGACGAGUGUGCCGUGUGCCGGGACGGCGGGGAGCUCAUCUGCUGUGACGGCUGCCCUCGGGCCUUCCACCUGGCCUGCCUGUCCCCACCUCUCCGGGAGAUCCCCAGUGGGACCUGGAGGUGUUCCAGCUGCCUCCAGGGAAGAUUCCAGCAGGUCCUGCCCUGGGCUGAGGAGCCCCAGCCCCAGGAGCCAGCUGCGGAGACCUCGGUCCUCCCGGGGCUGAGGUCGGCGAUAGAGGAGGCGAGGGGCCCGCCCCGGGAGCCCCCAGCCAGCGUGGACACUGCUGUCACCUACAAGCACCUGCUGCCCCCACCUCCUGCAGCCCCCCUAUCAGUGUUGGACCCCUCGGCCCUGCAUCCCAUACUGUGUGCAGGCCCGGAGGGGCAGCAGGGCUCAGCGGCCGGUGCGCGGUGCGGCGUGUGCGGAGACGGCGCGGACACGCUGCGGUGCGCGCACUGCGCCGCCGCCUUCCACGUUCGCUGCCACUUCCCGGGCGCCGCCAGGACCCCCGGGACCGGCCUGCGCUGCAAGUCUUGCGCCCGAGAUCCGGCCCCGGCCCCCGGGGAGGGGGCGCCAGCCCCGAUCCCCGCACUUCCGGCCCCAGGGCCCGCCAAGGGGGCGGAUGACUCUGCCACUCAGGAGCCUGUGCUGCACAGAGAUGACCUGGAGGCUCUCUUGAGUGAGCACUCCUUCGAUGGCAUCCUGCAGUGGGCCAUCCAGAGCAUGUCCCGCCCGCUGGCCGAGGCGCCCUCCUUUCCCUCCUGACCCAGCAUGGCCCAGGACGGCCAGGCAGCACAGGGCUGGCUCCUCCAUCCCACAUCAGUGGGUGGUGACUGUUCUGAGAGGGACCAAGGGGCACGCCCCCUCACCCCUGCAAGCUGGGCCAGCUCAGGACCAAGAAGAAUGGAAAAGUACCAAGUGCUGUCAGUGCC